GAACGCCAGCGGCUGUUAUGGACCUUUUCGGUCAGCCAGGAAUAAUAAACGGCAAUCCGGGCGAAACCGACCACGACAAGGCAGAUGCUAGUGCGGGAACCUCUUCCUUUUACUUUUCGUUAUAAACAAGGGGGAAAUGGGUUUUUGAUAAACGGAAAUGCCGAGUAAAACUCAGGUUUGACUCACCCUUAGUUUAUUAUUAUUAUUAUUAUUAUUAUUAUUAUUAUUAUUUAUUGCUGUUGUUGUUGUUGCUAUAUUUACCCGGGAGAAGCGCUCGUCUUCGGGUGACCACGAAGUUCGCUUUAGGACCCUGUGAGUUUAUAAAGGGAGAAGGAAGUAAGAUGCUCGCACUUUGAAUGACUCCAUUAACAUCUGCCGCUUGUACUACGCACGGGGCUGCGUGUCUUGCCUGGAAGCCGCUGCUGGUUCCCUGAGAUAUAAAACUUUUUCCUGCAUGGAUGCGGCUGCUGGCAGCUUGAUGGAGCAGCUGGUGACGGAGCUGAACGUCUUGCUGAAGCUGCUGGACCAGGAGACCCUGAGUCCCGCCACGGCCGAGAAGAAGGCGGCCGUCAUCCACCUGCUCAGACGGCUGCCAUCCUCAGUAAAUGGCACUGAUGGUAUCUACAUGAACACCGCGUUCCAUGGAAAUGGCACGAGAUUCGUGGAAUCCCUCUUUGAAGAUUUCGACUGUGAUUUCAAGGAUUUCGGUAAUACAGAGAAGCCGGAGGAACAGAAGAGGGACAGCAUUGUCCCGUCGAAAUCAAGUCUAGAGGAUUCACCGCCCCCUCUGCCCACCACACCCCCCCCAGAAGAAUACUACGAGGUAGCUGAUCCGAUUGGUCCAGACUGUGUGCCCCAAAGCAUUACCCCCCCGAGCAGCUCCAGUCUUGUCAACUCCGUAGAAGACGGCUACUAUGAAGACGCUGAGGAAGGCUACCCCCCCACGCAAAUAAACUGCCUGCACAAAGGUUCUGAAGACGACUCGGACGCCCUGAGCAGCUCUUAUGAGUCGUACGACGAGGACGAGGACGAGGCCAAAGUCCGGCAGCUGAGUCACCGGUGGACCUCGGGGGGAAAGACGGCAGGCCCCGUGAAGCCAUGUCACGUCUGUGCCGUCCUGCUGCGGAAGAGGCGCUUCGGCCAGUGGACCAAGCAGCUGACCCUCAUCCGGGAGGACAGGCUCCUGUGUUACAAGAGCUCCAAGGAUGUCACCCCCUGCAUCGACCUGCCGCUGAACCUGUGCAACGUCAUCUACGUGCCCAAAGACGGCCGGCGUAAGAAGCACGAGCUGCGGUUCUCGCUGCCAGGCAGCGAGGCGCUGGUGCUGGCUGUGCAGAGCAAAGAGCAGGCUGAGGGCUGGCUCACGGUGAUCAGGGAGGUGAGCAGUCAGGGAAACAUAAAUUACGGGAUGGAUGGAUCCAUCUCUCCCAUGAUCCUCCGCAAGAUGGAGCUGGAUCAGGUGACUGUGAUCGAGGGGCUGCUCCAUCACUACCCAGAGAAACUGUCCGCGGACAAGCAGACCACUGACCCCCGCGGCUCGUCCCCCCGCCCCGCCAAGGACGGCCGUGAGCACGCUCAACCUCCAUCUACCCUCUGUAAAGCGAAGCGGGGCGCUCUGUCGGAGCUGACGGGCACGAUGAGCGUGGCGGGGCGUAAAUUCACCCGGAUUAUCAACUUCCCCAGGAAGAAAGCCCCCCUGCCCCGAGCCGCCCCCCCGGAUGAGAAGAAUCCCAGAUGUGGCCUCCUGAGUGUGCUGACGGAGUGCGGCUGGGAGAAGCGCUGGUGCUCCCUGUGGGCCGGCUCGCUACAGGUCCGGUCCGGCUGCGUAGACUCGGGCCCCCCAGUCACGGUGGACCUGUGUGGCUGCGAAGUGUCCUCCGGACUCGACCCCAAGCACCCCUUUGCCUUCCGGAUCCUAAGAGGAGGGUCAGAGGUCAUCACGCUGGAGGCCUGCUCCUGCGAGGACAUGGGCCGCUGGCUCGGGCUGCUGCUGGCCGAGACCGGCUGCGGCGCCGACCUUGAUGCUCUGCGCUACGAGUACGUGGAUUUGGAGGCCGUCUCCAGUGUCCGGGACGCGGCCCGGCGCUCAUUUCUGUGGGCGACCUCCACCAGCUCCAUCUCAGUGGGAUCGGAAAUGUACGAUGAGGUGUCUUAUGAGGAAGUACAGCUUGAGGAACAGGGCCGCAAGCCAGUGGCCCAUGGGAAGCUGCUCUCGACGGAUUCCAGCAGGCACUCAAAUAACAGCCUCCAGGACACAAGAAACCACGGCUGGAACACUAACCAUUGCGGGAAGUACGGGAAGACGCGGGCGGAGGAGGAUGCCCGGAGGUACCGAUGUGAGGAGGAGGCGCUGGAGAAGGAGAAGGAGAAUAUCCGUAACACCCUACUCUCACUGCGCAAGGAGAAAAGGGGAGUCAGGGAGGAACUGAAGAGUCCCGCAGGAAGACCGCAGAAGCUUCUGGAAGAGCGUCUAGCCCAGCUCGAGGAGUGCUGUAGGGAGAAGGAGGGCCAGCGGGUGGACGUAGAGUUAAAGUUGACGGAGGUGAAGGAGAACCUGAAGAAAUCUCUGGCAGGAGGCAUGCUGGGGGCGUCUGUGGAGAGCAGGACCACCAGCAAGGCGUCUACACCACAGGUUGAGAGAAAGAAAAGCGAGAGUCCCAACAGUAAUGCAGACCUUCCAGUCAGUAACGGCUCGGAAAUCCGCAAGAGUGCCCUUCCGGUAUACGCAUCCGCGCGAGGAAAUGUCCUGCAAAAAGCCAAGGAAUGGGAGAUGAAGAAAGGAAGCUAGGUGGACGAGGUUUCCUCCCACGGAACUUUCCAAGUGUUCUGAGUGUGGAUCUGUGUUUCUCCUGCCUCUCCCGAUAAAACCGAGCCUGAAAAUCAGUCUUUUUAAUCCCAUGGGCAGAAAUGAAACCUUCCGAUAUACCAGACAGUCGCGUGCAGAUUACAAAGGCGUCCGUCAUUUGGGAAAAUAAUCUGAUGGAUGAAUGGCGAUCAAAAGAUAUAGGUGUAGAUUCAGAAACGUUGCACUAUUUACACUGAUUCCAGAACAUACUCAUCACAGGCUUCCUUCUGAGUUUUGACAUGACUGCCAGAGUAGUGUCAGGCUUUGAUGAGUACGAUAAGGCAGACACUUGAAAAUAUGAGGGCUCCGAUGAAUGAUAGCAUGUGGUUUCAAAAGGCAGUAAGUAAAAAUUAAUGGUUACCAAAAAAAAGUACGAGCUCUUCAGCAAUCUUACAUGGCAGGGGAUUUGAUUUAAUUCUCCUAAAGUUUGUUCUGUUCAUUUUUAGUAAAAAAUUGUCAUAGUUCCUAAAUGACAUUACUUAUGGUUCUGAUUUAAAUAUCUACCUUUAAAAUGUACAAAUGUUGCACUUUAUUUAAUGUUGUUAAAUUCACGUUUCAUUUCUUCAGUGUGAACUGACAGAAAAAAAACAACAAAUAGAAAUACGAUUUCAGAAUUAACUUUUUACACACAUUUCUGUUUACAAUUUGUGUCAUUUCUGUGUGUUGUUUUUAUGUUGUGUACUGUAAAUUUCUUUGCUUUUGAUAAGAAAACUUGCAGAAAGAUCUGUGUAUUGUUAAACCUGAAAACCUAUGGCACGCCACGGUUUUAUGAAUAAAUUCUGCACGUAAACAUUUUCCGUGCUCCCUUCUGGGGGUAUCGGCAUCAAGAAAUUAAAUAUGUCAGUCUUCAUGAAGGCAACGGUAAAGCAAUGCGAAUAAAACAGGUCUGUCGACUGCCAAUGCCUACAGCAAAUCCUGUUUAGACAUUGUGCUGCAUCUCUACCAUAUUUUUAUAUAAUGCUCCCUAAAAUUGGUCUAAAUAAACUGGAUACCUAGAA